UCGUUUGUGAGUCGUAUUCGUGGAACCAGUUUAGGUACUAUUGACGAGCCGUAGUGUGUUGAAACGAUUAACAUUUUUGUGUGAGAUAAGUGCAGUGACAGUAUCAAUGGACCUGUUUUAAAAAAGACAAUUAAAGUGCGUUGUGUUUGUUUUAAAUGAUAAUACAGUCUUUGGAGUUGUGAUCUGAUAACGAUUAUUACGAAGUUUACUGUAAACAAUAAUGGACUUGCGUUUAGUGAAAAUGAGAGUGUUAUUUAAGUGUUUUUUGAAAAGGUUUCGUCGAAAAAGAAACGCCAAAGUUAUGGAAGAUAGUGAGGGUUCAAAACAGCCAAAAAUGUCGGUGAUUCUCGACGCGAUCGACUUGGAGCGGGAAUACUCACCCAGUCGGUGGUCGACCAGGUUUCCUACGGCCCUGGAAGUGCUUCAAAACCACGUGAAGCAUGUCACAGCAGCAAGCGAAGAAGCAACAAAUAACAUUCCACACAAACUGGAGAUCGAGUAUGGAUCUACUCCUGGACAGAAACUGGACAUACUUGGAACUGAUUUACCGAAUGAUGCACCAAUCCUUGCUUACAUUCACGGUGGCUACUGGCAGGAGUUAUCCAGAGAAAUCUCCCGCUACCCAGCCAGUCCACUCCACAAGAGUAAAGUGAAGACCAUCGUCAUCGGCUACGAUUUGUGCCCGACAGCAACCCUGGCAGAGAUUGUCAGCCAAACGGCAAAAGCAGCCAAAUUCGUCUUCGAAUACGCUGAAAAAAUGGGAUCAAAGGGCGUAUACUUCGCGGGCCAUUCAGCCGGUGCCCAUCUAGUCGCCAAGCUACUUUCCAAUGCAGACUUCUUCGAGAACACUCCAGGCGCGACACGUCUCCAAGGAGCGUUCCUCGUCUCAGGGAUUUACGACCUUCGGGAGCUUGUCCACACAUCGGUAAACGAUGCUGUCCAGCUACCAAACGAAUGGGCUGUUCCACUAUCACCACAAUUUGAUGACUACACACACCUUCAAGGUAGAAGGAUACGGUUAUACAUCCUCGCUGGGCAACACGACAGUCCAACAUUCAAGAAGCAAUCUAGAGAAUUCUACGAAAUCCUACAUAACACUUGUCUUAUGCAAAAUAUGUAUUUAGAAAUCAAAGAUGGGAUGGACCAUUUUGAUAUCGUUGAGUGCUUUUCAAACGAAGGUAAUUAUCUCAAGAAUUUAUUGGUACAUGAUAUUCGUAAGCAUUUGAAUUAGUUUUGUUAAUAUUUGUUUGUUUAAAACGCUAGAGAAGCAGUCUUGUUGUGUUGAUGUUAAGGCGUAGUUUUGAUUGGUGACACAUUGAUAUUUGAGCCCUGCUAUCGGAUUUAAGUUGUGUCGAUAUGCAUUUGGUUUGGUAAAGAUGCCUUUAAUUGUAUGUAUCAGUUUCUAUAUUAUUAGUUUAGUAAGUCCAAGGAUUUGUUUUCUCAUCAUUAGUACAGUCAGCCAAUUUGUUUGGUAUAAAGAGUGAUUUAGUAAAUAGAUAGUCGCUAUUUUCGCUAUACAAAACUAGCUGGCUCCAAAAAUUUUUCUUACCUUUUAAACCUUCCCAGAAUCUGUACAAAUAAUUCAAGACCAAAAUCAGCAGUUCUCGAGUUUUAGCGAGACUAACGAACAGCAAUUAAUUUUUAGUAGGUUUUAACGAAGUCAUAUUAUUAAUUUUUGUAACCAUUGGUUGGCCCAGAAGCCAACGAAUAGUUACUAAGUAUAUCUAUACUAAAAUCUUUAUCUUCUGAACUGAAUAAGUAACAAAUAACUUGGUUGUCUAACAUAGUGUACUAAAUACUUUAAAUCUAUUGCUAUCCUUUUCACACGUCUAAACGUUAUCGUUUGGUCGCUAAAGAUAUUAAAAGUUUUGUCAAUCUAAGGUUAAACCUAAAAGUUAAUCAUGUUUAAUGUUUUAAAUUUUAAUUAAAACUCCUACAAUGAAUAAUGUCUUAAAAUUAAUAUUAAUGAUACCUAUAGGUAGAAAAUAAAUUCUCCUGGCGAAAAAUCGUUUAUCAAUGUUUAAGCGUAGUGUCCUUUUUGGAAUAGGUUUUACAAAAGUUGUGUAUAUAUAAGUGUAUAAAUUACCAUAAUAAGUAGAAGGGGUUUUGAAUCAAGAAUGCCAAUAGACUGGUCUUGUUAUAUACACAAUAUGAAACAAAGAUUGAUUUACUUAAACUAUUCCUUAGUAACGAUUUUGUCCGAAAAAUAAUCGCUGAAGACUAAGUUAAGAAAUCAGUAAAUGACUCUAAGUAGCAAUAAUGUCAAAUCAAAAUUAAUCCAAUUUAACAACAACGUUACAUGAUUAUAGUUAAUUUUAAGAUUGAAAGUACCUACAUAAGUGCUGCUAUUUUACAAUUUUACCGACGAAAAUUUUCCGAUAAGUUCUUUCAUAAGGAGCUUUUUUGUACCAAUAACAAAUACAAGAAUGUAUAUAGAAGUUUGUAUAAUUCUUAUAUAGUUUAGUUUUAUACAGUUUAUGACUAUACCUAUUGAUUAUUGGUACACCUUGUCAAACUUGUCUUGGACAAAUGGAGCAUAUAUGUACGAGUAUGUAUCAGCUAAAGACUUAGUACUAUCAGCUACAAGUAUUGGUGACCUUUGUUGUUUUUAAAUUGAUAAUUCUUUAUGUAUGUAUUUAAUAUUUAUUUACACUUUAUUACGAGUUUUAGGUCAAAUUAGGUAACCUCUGUCAUAACAUUUCGUAUGACAAAGUCUGUAUAGAGUAGCUAAAAUGUGACUGAUUGACUUCGAAUCAUGCUUCAAGUCGUCGACAUACAAAUUAUUGAGGGUUGAUCGAUUAUCCAAAUAGUGAUCGGUAGGUAUAUGGUAUCUAAUGACGAGUGACGAGAUCUUUUCUGCAUAUGAGUCAUAUUUUUCAUAUAACUGGUGAAAAAUGGAUGUAUCUAUAGCACUGCCUGUUUAAAAAAUAAGAAUAGUGUGUUCUGUAUGAUUCGCUGAUUGUACCUAUUUGAACUGCCCUACUCAGAGACAUUAAAUGAUUACUUAAACUAUUCCUUAGUAACGAUUUUGCUCCAAAACAAUUGCUGAGGAUUGGUUUAAAAACCCAUUAAAUGACUCUGAGUAUGGCAAUAAGUAUAUUACCUUACUUUAUGUAAGCUAGUCUUUAAAUAAUAAUAAGUUUGUACGUUUUAUAAGUACAAGAUUUUAAUACUUUAACAAAAUGAUAAUGAUUAUAUUAAUCAAAUAUUAAUUAGUUGAGAGCAUUUGUGCUAAGCCCCAAGUUUAUAAAAGGUUUGUCAAUGAAUGUGAACCUAAUUUCUAUGUACCUUAAGAUGCAUUUUUGUCUACUUACCAUAAUAUAGUGUUCUUAUACAUUAAACUAUCAAUCAUAGUUUAGACCAACCACUAAUUAAGCAUAUAAUAAUAUGUAUAAAAUAUAAAUUUUGAUAUGGAAAUAAAUGGUAUAACAUUUGCAGUAA